ACGCGCAUUUCCAGACUUCACAGGACGUCACCAAACCCAAGUAAAACGGCGCUCGACACAAGGAUCGCCAAAUACGAAAUAGACCUCAAGAUUGAACAAAAUCACAGCUGAACGAGUGCCUCGUGGCAGUCAAGACCAGCAAAAUGGAGAGGAUGGAGCGCAGGCAUGGAGGCCACGACAUGUCGUCGAUGGGAGGUAUGUCGAUGGGAGGUCCGAAUUCCUUUCAGGGUACAAACAUGGGGUUAGCCCAUGAUUUCUGGUACAUCAUCGCUGCCGUCCUGGGAUUCCUGGCCCUGUGUCGUCUAGUCAACCUCUACAAGAGCCGAACGAGGCUACAAAAACGCUUCGCCAACUCGGUUCAGUACCCAACAAAACCUUCAAAUCAGUUCCUCGAAAUCUGGGCCACCCUAACCGCCCUCGUCCGCGAAUCCAGCUACCCUCAACUCUACGUCCCCUCGUCAUGGUUCUCGUGGAUGACACCCCCUCCCCUCGGGCGGGUAAUCACCCUCCUUGUCUACUGGGCCAUCAUUAUCAGCAUGAUGACUGCCAACGCCAUCAAGAACGAUGCCUUUUUCUGGGAGCGCAUCGGGUUCCGCAACGCCUGGAUCACCGUCAUGCAAAUGCCCUUGCUGUAUCUGCUGGCGUCCAAGUGCAGCAUCAUUGGGUCGAUUGUCGGGACCGGUCAUGAGAGGCUGAACUGGCUGCAUCGGUGGGUCGGCAGGACCAUGUUCGCUACGGGCGCGGUGCAUGGAUGGCAUUUCUUCACCGAGUGGCAGCGGGCCGGCAUCUUGGAAUUCCAGAUGCAGAUGAUGGGCAUGGUCAAGUAUGGAAUGGCGGCGUGGGCGGUGUUGGGUUGGUCGUUGAUCUCAGGGUUUGCGCCACUGAGGAGGUUGGGGUAUGAGUUCUUUGUGUUGCAGCACUUGGUUAGUGCUGUGUUGUUUAUCUGGCUGGUAUAUGUCCAUAUUCCGGCUUACGCGAGGUGGAAUGUUUGGUUCUCGAUUGGGGCGCUUUGCUUUGACCGAGCGUGCAGGACGGUCUUGUUGGUGUGGCAGAACGUCAAGUUCAGGCCGAACAGGUCCAAGUGCAAGGGAGGUCAGAGGAUCGGCCACUUUGCUCAGAUCAAGGCGGUUGGUGACUCGAUCACGGUCAUCAACAUCAAGGAUGUCCACUUCAAGUGGAAGGCCGGACAACAUCUUUACCUCUGGGCGCCGGCCAUCGGGCCCAUGGAAGCGCAUCCAUACACCAUUGCUUGCGCCCACCAACUCCCGGGAACAUGUAUCUGCAACAGCAUCCAGCUCGUCGUCCGCAAGCACGGCGGCUUCUCCAAGCGGCUCCAUGAGCGCGCGAUGAAGGACCACGCUGAAGAGAAGAAGGGCAACUACACCGUCUUCGUCUCCGGGCCCUACGGCAUGCCGCCCCGUUUGGACAUUUACGAAACAGUCAUCCUCAUCUCCGCCUCCACCGGCGCUUCGUUUACCUUGCCCAUCCUGGAAGACCUCCUAGCCAAAGCCAGCACCAACUGCGUCAAGCGAAUCGACUUCCUCCUCACCACCAAACAAGGAGAAGAAAUCGACUUUUACGUCAAGCGUCUCCACGAAUUUCUCGAUGGCGCCAAGGAAGUCGGCAUCGAGCUCCUUGUUCACGUCGCUAUCACCCAAAGCGGGAGUUCAUCCCUUCCACCUCUCUCCAUCCUCCCGACGACAAGGGAGCGCGAAAGGACAGAGGAAAAGUCAUCAUCGAGGGCAUCAUCCUGGGAUAGUAACCUAGGCAAGACCCGAACGGAAAGCAGUCCUGACUCAAUCCAACCCUCGGGAGACCAGGAGAAGAGAGCAAACACCAUCGGCGGCGGCGGGCGAGACGUAGAAGAUAUAAUCUUCAGCCUCACACCCCGGCGACCACUAAGUAAUGCUAGCGUUGAUUCACACGUGCAUUACUCAACCACGAGGCCGGACAUUGCGGCCUUCAUUAGAGCGCCGGUUGAGGCCACGGGGGGAGAGACGAAAGUGGUGGUUUGUGGAGGACCAAGCCUGGUUGCGAAGGUGAGGAAUUGCGUGGCCAGUUUGGCGGAUGAAAGGGCGGUGCAUAAGGGGACGGGGGCACAGGGGAUUGGCCUUUUUGUGGAGGAGUAUGCGUUUUGAUGCAUUGGAUGUUUGUGUACAGGAUUGUAGGACGCAAACCUACCGUGUGUACUUGAUAGAAAUGAUACCAUUGAUAGACGGAAGGAAAAAAGAUGAUACCUACUUGACGAUGACUGACCGGAGGACCUCAACAAUCGAUGAAACCCG